AUGUCAUCAGUCUCUGAGAACACCUGCGGUUUCCCUGAGUUAAUGAUCAAGGGGAUUCAAAAAAAGAAGCCGUUUUUGAAAUUCGGAGUUAGUUUGUUGCGAAACAGCUGUAAGGCGACGUUGGGAUAAGACGAAAGUCGCGCAGAUUAAUCGUCUUUAAUUGUCGCUUUCUCGAGUAAUUCAAAUUCUGGCCGAUUAGCAUUCGUUUCUUUCGAAUGACAGGGCUGUCUCGGCAUGUCAAGGGGAGACCGGGGACUCGCCGCGUCCUCCACGGGGUCAGCGGAUAUGUUGCAUAAUGUUUUCAUUCGGUUGGGGACAUAAAGGAAGGCCGCUGACGGAAAUAUAAACGGGAUUACAUAGAUAAUGGCAAGUUCAACAGUGGCAGAAGACGGGUUAUUGUCUCGGUUAUCUUAUUGUAAGACCUGAGAGAAAUAGGUCGGGGUUAUCUUUAUUGGAGGUUAUUGUGGUAAACCAAUUACUAUUCGCUAUUCACAAACCCAUCCUCGGCUGAUGCAUGACUGCUUCCGCUGUUCAGAAGCUCGGAUUCUCCACUGUUCUUUCUCCAUUAAUUGCGCAAAGUCCGGAUUAAAUUAAUCAGAUCAAUUGUUGAGGCGUGGAUCGUCUCCUCGGGCACCAAGUCGCCGCUGUUGUGACCCGUCCCACGACCGGUUGUCGUCUAAAACACCUCUUCCCAGGUAAUACGGUCCUCGGAAGCUCACAAAGCGGCACUUAAAAGGGAUUCGGUCGUUUUAUUUUUCUUGAAAUCGAUCUCUUUCUAUGGUUGUUAUGGCACGCAAUCUUCGGACGGAUUAACUGGCCAAAUUUAUGGGGUCGGGGCGGCGUUUCAGCCGGCGUUGGAUCGGCGCACUUGAUUCUCUCAUUUCUGUUUGGCCAAACUUUUCAUGCCGGAUCGCUCUUAUUUGAAGCCAUCGUUUAAUUGAUGCACCCAUUUUCUCUUAUUAUAUUUUGUUUCCUACCGUAACUCGCGAUUAUUUUUUUAUUGAAAGUACAACUUUUUAUGGCCCUUAUAUAAUUGCUUGAGGCUACACACUGGUCCCUUUAAUUUACAGUACCCUAAACCUGUUCCCAUCAGGAAUUGCGCAAUAAUUUUGUGACCUCGGAAUAGAAUUAGCAUAAACAAGUGGGUGGGAUUAGAUUAAUUGGCUCUCGAUCUGUUUAUUAAGUUCCGUUUCGAGGCAACUCGAUCCCUUUCUUGGCAAUCAAGUGACCGGGAAUUUUAUUCUUCUCAGCUCCAUUUGCAUAUUUAAUUUGAACAUCUUUUUUCGUUGCAUUUAAUCUCCAGCUGAGUCUUUGUAUGUAAUAUAUGUUUUUGAAUGUUUGUUCAGACCAAGCAAGCCCUUUAAUGGAUUCUGGAGAUCUGAUCAGCUGUGAGAUCUGCCUGGAGGCCUUCGAUUCGCAAUGCCGACCUCCCAAGAUCAUUCCUUGUGGCCACAAUUUCUGCGAGAAUUGUUUAUUUUCCUUGUGUUUGCAUAGUGAAGUAAGUGAUGUAAUGGGGAGAUAAACGACCAUAUUGCCUUAGUAUUAUCUCCUUGACACCAUCAAGUGUCCCAAGUGUCGUCAACUGUGUGAUGCCAAGCUCGCCAUGAAUGCUCCGACUAAUUAUGACCUCUGCAGUGAGUAAACAGAUCAAAGAUACGAAUUAUGUCAUCUUUUAGAAGUGCUGGAGAACUUCAGAUAUACCCAGAAUGUUACAGUAAUCCAUGUUCCGGACCAUUCCAGUUCAUCCUUGGCAAAUAAAGAGAGGAAAAGGAAGCUAAAAAGAUGUCAGGGAUCCAAGAAUAAGAUGACUGAGGCUUGUUUUGAUUGUAGAAGAAGCAUAAAUAAGGUUGAGAGAUCCGUCAUAUGCAGGUUCUGCAAGGACUGUCAUGAAACAGCCAAGACUUUGGUAAGAUAACAUAACAAAAUGGGAUCUCUUUCAGAGGUUGGUGUGCUUGGAAUGCUGUGUGAACAGUCAUAAUGGCCAUAGACUUGUUCAAAUUGAACAAUUGGAGAGGAAUCAUCAGGAUGUAAUGAAACAAACAGCCGUUAUUCAGAAGCAUACCGAUUAUUUGGACAAGGAUUUCAAGCAGAGAGCCAAGAAUCUCAACGAAAAUAAUGGGAAUCUACAAAAAUUGGAGAUACUCAGAGAUGUAAGGAAAAGAUAAAAUGAAAAACGGGUUUAAGAGUGUAAAAGGUCAGAUGAAUACAGUAAUCAAGAAGAAUAUGGCAAGGCUGGAACAAGAGUAUCCAUUAUCACCGGCAGAAUUGACAGCGAUCCAUCGAAAUCAGAUGGAAUUAGCCAUCAAUCUACAAAAAAUGGCCAAUGUUUUUAAUGUAAGUCCGAUAAUAAUAUAUUUAAUAAUCGUAUUUUAGAAAAUUUCUUCUAAUUCUGAAGAAAUGAAUAUCCAAUUUGAGCAAAAACUAGUCUUAUCAUCGAUGGAUUUGAUGACUGCGUUGGUUAAAUCCGAAGAAAUGGAAGACCUGAGGCAAUAUCUCGUCUUGUUAUAUUCUGAUAACAUUCAGAAGGAAACAAGGUUCGAGAUUUUGUAUAAUUGUGUCAGAAUUAUGCAUAAAGCUCUGAACAAUCAGAUCAACAAUGAAAUCUUCGUAUUACUCGAAGACCUGACAUUCAAAACUUUGGUGUUUUUGAAUAAAUUAUUUCCUCGGGGAAUGGUUCAAGACAAGAAUCGAAUGGAAUCGUGGAGACUGGCUACUGAGACGUUUGGAAAGAUAAUGGAGAUCUCCAACGUGGUAAGGCUGCUUUCAAAAGGUUGAGUCCGAACUUUUUCCGAACACUCCCACUUUUCGAACACUCCCUCUCAUUUAAAAAAAAGAUAAGGUGUGACAUCUGCAAAAAAAGGGAGCCUUCGCCUGCAACGGUUCAAAAAUUUAAAAAUUAAUAUGUUUUUGAGUAAAACCUAUUUCUGUUUCAGCGAUGGACGAGUUACGACGAGUGGAGAGUGGAUUUCGUGUCCGAUCUCUCCUUUCUCUGCCAGUUAUUCGCAGAUGUUUGUGAUUCCGGAACUAUCACUUUGUGUACAAUCGAGACGGCCAGAUCUCGGGUUGUCCUCAAUUCCCAUAAAUCGGACAAGGCAUUGAUCAACAAGAUCAAGGUCAGUCUUUUCUUAACCUUUAAUGUAUCCCACCUCAGCCUUCUUUUAAUAUAAUUUACUGUUCAGUUUGCCGAACAAUGUCUCCUGGAAUGCCGUCGAAUCCAGAAGCUGAUGAACAUCUGCGUUAAGAGUAAGAGAUAUCCGAAUGGAGAUAAAUGCAGAGGCCUCAAACAAUGGCUGAAUUGUUUGGGACCUAAGGUGUUAUAG